AUGAAAAAUGAGAAAAAAAAAGGACAUUGUGAUCAAACAUUGGAUUGCCAUUUAUGUGGUAUUUGCUCUGCAAAGUUUUACAAUGUUGAACGAUUCAUUGAACAUAAGAAAAAUUGUUCAAUUUCAGAUAUACAGAGUUCGAUAAUAACAGCAAAUCCGGAUACAGAAUCGGUACCGAUUGAUUUGUCGAAGAAGCAUGUUUCAGAUGAUCUUGAUAGAAAAAGUAUUCUAGAAGACAAAUCUAAUUUAUUAUUUGAUCCUUUACAAACAAUACAAUCUCAUCAACAGCAAUUAUUGGAGCUUUAUGCGCAAUUAGCAGCAAGUCAUAGUAGGCAUACAGAUUCUGAACAAAGUAGCGAUGAUGGCGGUAAUACUUCUUCAUAUGUCCUAUCACCACCUUCCAGUAAUGGUAUUGCGGAAAAAAUUCAUCCUUGUAUUGCUGAACGAUGUUCACAGCAUUUCUCAUCUCGUGGCGCUUUAUUGUGGCAUAUUUUACGACGACAUCCCGGUGAAAAGCUUUUACAAUGCAAACAAUGCGAGGAGCGUUUUGCUGAUCCUGAACAGGUACACGAGCAUCGUUGUGAUUUAUUUCAACGUAGUGCUUCCACUGGUGCCUUGGAACAUAGCACGUCACCAGAUGCAGAUCGUGGUUCGGUACCAGCUCGUGUGCAAACUUCCUAUACGUUGCAGGAGGUCUUAACUAUGGUAGCACUGUACCUCUCCGCACCUCUUUCACGAAUGUUGUUUUCGCAAUUUUUUGGAACACCAACUGCAACUGCAACGGUUGCUGCAACAGCUGCUGCUACUGUCCCAUCAACAUCCGCUGCAGCGAAAGAUACCGUACUGGAUCUAUCCAAUCCAGUAGCAAACAAGCAACAACAGCAAUUCCUACCAAUGCCUGCUAUUUCACAGCAAUUUAUCAGGCCACCGUUCAGUUUUGGUCAAUUUGCGGCAGCCGCAGCAGCGACAUUGCGUCCUGCUCCGCAUCCGGAUUUAUUUCUAAAUGGUCCAUCAUCAGCACCACUACUAAACAAUGACGAUGAUUGGGAAGCAUUGAUGGAAGUGAGCACAACGGAUGAAUCCGAAAAAAUACGGGCAUUAGUUGGUGAUAAAGCCUUACCAACGACAGAUCCCAAUCAGUGCUUGUUAUGUAGACGGGUACUUUCAUGCAAAAGUGCCCUACAAAUGCAUUACAGGACACAUACUGGUGAACGACCUUUUAAAUGUAAAAUAUGCCAACGAGCAUUUACAACAAAAGGUAACCUUAAAACUCAUAUGGGUGUCCAUCGAGCCAAGCAUUCCUUUCGUGGACUAGCUGCAGCCACAACAAAUAUCCACCAUCAGUGUCCCAUUUGUCAGAAACGAUUUUUCACUGCUCAUUUGCUUCAGCAACAUGUCGCACAACAUACGACUCAGCCAAGCAGGAAUGGUAUUUUAUCAUCAUUCGAAGUACCAGUAGGUUCACCGCAGGGAUUUGAUCGACGUACCGAACAACAACAUCAUCCACCUUCAUCAUUAUCCACAUCAAAUGGUCCAUCUUCGAUGCUUCAAGUAAAUGCUACAAAUUUGAUGUUACCUAUAAAGAAUGACCUUGUGUCAACACCAUUCAUGCCACCAUUUCCGUUCUUUCCGCUUGGUUUACCGCGUGGUCUUUCAAGUCCGAUCGCUGCUUCCAAUGCACCUCAAACAUCACUUGGAUCAAUUCCAUUCAUAGUUAAUCAUCAAAUUAAUUCAAAACAAAAUGAACAUCAUUAUCAACAACAAUUACAACAUUCAAUAAAAUCAGAAUUACUACAACCACCACCACCAGUAACAACACGUCCAGAAUCAUUACCGACUGCUCCGUUACGUCUAGAAACUUCACCAACUAUAUUUAGUCAAUCCGGACGAUCAAUCAAUGCUAUAAAAGAUGAUGAUGAAGUGGCUUCAACAAGUAGUUCACAUAAUGGCUUAUCAUUACCGUUAGUAUCAACAGCAUUAUCAGCAAAUACAAAUGAUCUGAUAGCAAAUUGUACCUCUUGCUAUCAAUUCUUUCCGAAUCAAAUUGCAUUAGAACUACAUAUGAGAAAUCAUCGUGAUGGUACUCCAUUGAAGUGCUUCAUUUGUGGUACCACAUAUACAACAAAAGGCAACCUGAAACGGCAUAUGUCAUCAAAGCAUCAAAUUCAUUAUCCUUGUUCACCGGAUGGUAUUUCUAAUGAUAGUGGUGAUGAUGAUAAUGAUGAUGAUGAUAAUGAUAAUGAUGAUGAUGAUGAUGAUGAUGAGGAAGAGGAGGAAGAGGAUCAUGUUUUAUUCACUCACGCUGAAAAUGAACAAAUGGAUACAUGUGAAAGUCAACAUGGUAUAUCAGAAUCUACCGAUGAAGGCAAUUCGCCAGAACAGCAACAACAUCAACAGCAGCAGCAAGAACAACAACAACAACAACAGCAACAAGAGGAAGACGAACAACAACAAAAUGCUGAAACUUCAGAUGAGAAGUCAUCUCCAACAUCAUCCAUAUCUGUUGCAAUUCAUCCACCUCUCACUAGCACACCAAAUCCCUUAGAUGCGAUGCAAAAAAUGUGGGCGGAAACCGAGCCACCACCUCCGCGGCAAGCGCCUAUAUUAUCGAAACAUCAAUGUGGCGUAUGUUUCAAGCAUUUCAGCAGCAGUUCCGCAUUGCAGAUUCAUAUGCGGACUCAUACCGGUGAUAAACCUUUCAAAUGUGAAGUGUGUAAUAGGGCAUUCACAACACGUGGUAAUUUGAAGGUACAUAUGGGUACCCAUAUGUGGCAACAGAGUCCAUCCAGGCGAGGUCGCCGAAUUUUUGAAUUUGGUGCUGAUAGUAUCUUGCGAUCGGAGUUAUUACCAGCAUUCGGUUUAGGUGCCGAAGGAGCACUUCAUGUGGGAUCCUUUGAUCCAAAAAUUAAUCCAUUGCGUCCCAGUAGAUUUGGAUUAGAUUCACCAUCAUCACAGACUACUACUGCACCUCCUGCACCACCACCACCACCAUCACCAUUUUCAGUCCUACCCUUUCCAUUACCGUUACUACCACAAGUAAGCAAUUCUGGUGGUUGUACUCCAAAUCAAAUGGAUACUGUAAUGUGGAUGUGGAAAACGGUUUGCUCAGUAUGCCAAAAAAUUUGUGCUUCUCCUCAAGAACUUGAAAAGCAUCUGAAGCAACAUUUAAAUGGUACUGUACGUAGUGAUAACACGGCAAAAAUUACUCCAUUGUUACAGAAAACCGAGUGA